AGGGUGACGUCCGAGGGGGAGGACAUGGGGCCGCCCUGACAGGAGGUGAUGCCGCGCAGGGCCCACCACCGAGGCCGUGACGUCAUCGCCACCAUGAUGUCACCACUGGCGCUGGCGCUGGCAGCCCUGGCGGUGCUGGCGGGGGCCCGGGCGGGCUGCACCUGGCGGGCGGCGCUGGCCCCCAGCGUCCCCGGCGACGGCCGCCGCUCCGUCUUCGCCCGGCAGCACCCCGAGACCUCCGUGGCCGCCGUCUUCGAGGAGCUCACCGACACGGCCGUCGACAUGGCCGCCGACAACGCGCACUACUUCGGCUUCCCCUACUACCUGGAGAUCGGCCUGGGCUGCGCCGUGCAGGAGCCCGAGCGUGCCACGCGGCGUGCCCACCUGCUGGGGCUGCGCCCCGUCGUCACCGUCACCUUCGAGGAGCCCGUGCACCCCGUGCGCCAGAAGCCCGAGCGGCUGCAGAUCAGGAUGCGGGCGGCGCCGUUCCGCCCCCCCGGGCCGUGCGGCAGCGAGGAGCUCUGCCGGCUGCGCUGGUACACCCCCAUGCCCAUGGUGAACGGCAGCGCCGUCAUGGGCGUCCGCGUGCACGGCGACACGCCGGGCCCCAGCGUCCGGCAGCGGAGGUUUUCCUUCAACGUCAACGGCUACGUGAAGGAGACGGAGAGGGGGCUGCAGUGCACCGUGGGCAGCCCGGUAAGGCGCAGCGGGGGCUCGCGGGGGCCGCGCUCCCGGCCCAAAUCACGGCCGAGCCGCUGGGCCGCUCCGCUGCCGGGCAGGCCGAGGCGGGCUCACGGAGCGGCCGCAGCGGGGAGAGCAACCGGGGGGAGAUUCGCCCCUCUCUGCUGUCCCCCUGCUCCGUUUUCUGCUCCGAGUCUCUCGCCCGCCCUGCAGAUCAGGAAGCUGAAGAAGCUGAUGGCUGUGGACAGCCCGUCGCGGCCCCUGUGGGCGACCGUGGACAAAGCCCCAGUCCUGAUCCUCGGCGGUUUCUCCAAAAACAAGGCCAUCUUGCUUUCCGAUUCGGACUUCGAGGACUUCAUCGCGGUGGAGGUGGACAUCGACAGCUGCUGGAUCGGGUCCCUCACCUGCCCCUGGAGCGAGUUCUCCUCCACCAUCUUGGACGCCAUCGCCACCGAGAGCACCCUCUUCAUCCGCCAGAACCAGCUCGUCUACUACUUCACGGGGAAUUACUCCGUCCUGCACAUGGCCACGCCGGGAUCGACCCUCUGGACCCGCGUGCUCAACCGCGUCUGCGUGGGCAAGCUGAACCCCGUCCCCUUCUCCCACAACGGCUCCGAGUACGUGAUCGCCAUAGGCCGGGGCCAGCAGAAAGCGGACUUCUUCCUCGGCACCGUCCGCGACGGAGUGGUUUCCUUUUCCGACUCCAUCAGGGCUGAGAAGAAGACGGUGUGCGAGUACUUGGAGUGUAAGUGUCCCCGGUCCCUGCGUGCCCCUGAGGAGCUCCGGGUGUCUCCCACGAGGGAAACUGGGGUCCUGGAGUCACCUGGGGCAGAUUUGCAGCAGGGACAAACGGGAACAGCUUCGCUGCGGUCACCGGGACAGACCUUUCGGCAUCCUGCAAGAUCCAGUGGGCCGUCUACAUCCCCGAGGAGAACAAAACCCUUCUGCUGGUGGAGCAGGAGAGAGACAACGCUACCUCUUACCACGUUGUCGCCUGCGAGCACGAAAACCCGCGUUUCUCCGUUGUGUACGACGUACCCUCCUUCCGGCCCAAAGGUGAGCGGCGUUGGAGGGCGGCCGGACCCUCCGCGAGCCGCAGCCCGCGCCUCGCUCCCCCUCCCCGCAGCCACGGAGAAGUCCUUCGUGAUGCUGAUGGGCUUCGAGGAGUACAGCGACACGCCCAUGGUCCUGCGGGGCUUGUCCUACAGCCCCUUCAGCACCAUCUUCUACAUCUGGGGCAACGCCAUACUGCAAAGCUACGACAUUAAAAACUACCUUUUCCUCUCCGGAUUCCCCAGCCAGUCUGUCAUCAAAUACUUCAUUCAGUCCUACAAGGGGGAGGUCGUGUGCGUGACCGAGGCGGAAGAGGUCUGGUUCCUCGUGGAGGGCAGCUCAGCCGUCCAGCAGCUCUACCCCAGCAGCGCCUGGAGCACGUACGCCAACAUCCAGCUCCUCAGGGGCUCCCGGGACUACGGCGUCAACGAGUCCUCCCUGAGCUUCUUCUACAACCAGGAAGGACUGCAGCAGCUCGUUUACAUACACGACAGGAGCGGGAGGAUCGUCAAGAGGAAGUUUCCCAUCGCCUACAUCCUCUCGCACCGCUGCCUCUACUCCCCCCGCUAUUCCUCCAGCAGCAGCCCCGAGCUCCGGUUCAUCGGCUUCACCAACCUCUGCCCUUUCACCGUCAUGAAGUUCCGGGACCUGCCCAAGCCGCAGCGCUUCAGCCGCCUGGAGCACUACCGCGCCGAGCCGCCGGUCGUCACCGACGAGACGGGCUUCCACGACAACAAGUCUCUGGCUGUGUAUCAGGGCCUCGUUUUCCACCUCCUCUGGCUUCACUCCGACUACAACCGGCCUUAUGCUGACCCUGUCCACGACCCAACGUGGCGCUGGUGGAAAAACAGAAAGCAGGAUGCCGAUUACUACCUCUACCUGGCCAGCACGGGCAGCUCCCCGGGGGGCCUGUACAUCAACAUGGAGCACUACACGAAGGUCUACGACCUGCGCUCCGACAACGAGCUGCCCGAGCAGAUCUACCUGGACAAGGGCGACGCAUACACCUUCUCCGUGACCCUCAGUGUCCACUCCACCGCGGAUGACAGUAAGGGGAAGCCUCUUGCCCGUCUCCGAGGGCUUAACCAAGGUAUGGCGGGGGACGUGAGCCAAAAAAGCCACCGUCGCAGCUGCUUUGCUUCGAGAAUGGGGCCCAAAUACACCCCAUCCUUGAGCAGGUCCCGUCACCCCAGGCGCGGGAAGAGGCGCAAGGCCUGGCCCAGAGCUGCAGGCUCGUCCCCGCCGCGGGGUCCCGUCGCGGGAGCGGGGCGCUGCCGCCUCGCCAGGUGCCUGGCUUGCUUUGCAGCGUGGGAGAAGGACUUCCUCAGCCGCCUGAAGCUCACGGUGGUCCUCUCGCACCCCUUCAACGUGGGCUUCUCCCUCCAGAGGCAGAACCUGGCGAACUGGGCCUCGGUGCUCUAUAAGGUGGGCAUCCAGGACACAGCACUGUACCCGCAGCAAGAGCUCAGCGGGAAGAACCUGCUGAAGAGCUCCAUGGUGCUAAAGGUGGUUAACUCGGCGACAAACUGUUACCAGUACUCCGAGUCGGGGCCGGCCCUGCAGGGCUACCGGAUGGUGCCCGUGUACGUCGGCUGCCCGCCGGGCAAGCGCAUGGCUUUCGACAUCACCAACACCGUCCAGUACACCACCAGCAUGAACAAGCGCUACUUCAACUGCCUGAGCCAGAACCCCGAGAUGCCGUGCUUCUUCUUCAAGGACGUGUUUUACCCUCUCUUCCUGAUCCAGGACAUGGUGACAGGGGACUCGGGGUCCUUCUCAGGACGGUACACGCUGAAGGUCAUCGGCGGUGCCCCGGACGUGGAGGACGCCAUCGUACGCUACAGACCUGAGGACAUCUGGAAGUACAACGUAGACAAUGCCAGCACGGAAUCGAGCCUGAUAUGGCAGAAGGCCGACGGAGGGGAGUCCGAGACUGAUCCCCAAGGAUACCCCAUCCACUCCAGCACCAACAACGGCAUCAAGUGGCUGUGCCGGAGGAACUCGCCGUGCCACGACGUUGCGCCCGUGGGGCUGACGGCCCCCAACUACUUCUUCCUGGUGGCGGUGUCCAACAGAGACGUGGACACGUCCACCUACUGCGACUACAGCCUGGAGUUCGUCAUCCACGUGCACGGGCUGCAGCUCAGCUCCACCAGGAAGCUGUUCUUCAUGAAGGUGACCAUGAGCGUGCUGCUGGGCCUCGUCACCCUCUACUUCCUCUACUGCCAGGCGAGGAGGAAGAUGAUGGCAUCCUUCUUCAGCAUGGUGCACAAGCUGGAGGAGGCGUCGGCCCUCUCGGCCGGUGAGCGAUGCCGGUUUCGGCAGGAGGGGCGGCAGCUCGCCCACCCGCCCGCCCGGGCCCCGGCCCCACGCGUCCCCUCCGCCCUCCCCAGGCUCCACCAGCACCAGCGCCUCCUCGGUGGUGGAGCACGGCGAGGACCUGCUCCCCGCCAGCUCCCUGCACAGCGCCGGCAGCGAGCCGGCCCCCCCGGGCCGGGCUGAACCGAACCGGGCCGCCGCCGCUCCAGGUUUGCCGUGACACAACGGCCGUUGCCACCCCGUCCCCACCUUUGCAAU